GCGUCAUAACCAAUGCGGUUAAAAUUCUCGAAGUAUCUGGAGAGCGUACCAGUCCCUCUAUAUAAAGGAUACUCGUGGUAACAUUGUAAGUAUUUCACAUCAAAAUAUCGUCGUGAUUGAGAAGUCUAAAGAACGUUGAUUAAAGUAAUUUUUAGUAUGGCAUUUUCACGAAGCUUAAUACCUGCAUUGUUUGGCCGAGAUUGGAAUGACCCCUGGGAUUUUUCUGCUCGUAUGCCUGAUCGGCAUUUUGGACUCGGGCUUAACGAUAGUGACAUUUUUACACCAACUAUGUAUCGUGUCUACUACAGACAGCCCCGACGUCAAGUAAGUCGUAAUACAAGCAGCGGAAUUUCUCAAGUCAAAAGUGAAGGCGACAAAUUUCAGGUAUUACUUGACGUAAGUCACUUUGAACCUCACGAAAUAAAUGUGAAAACUGUUGAGAACUGCGUUGUUAUUGAAGGUAAACACGAAGAAAAACCAGAUGAGCACGGCUUUAUAUCUCGACAAUUUGUACGACGAUACAUGUUGCCCAAAGAAGUUGAUCCCCAAACUGUACAAUCUUCCCUGAGUUCGGACGGAAUUUUGACGAUCGAGGCACCAAAGAAAGCCUUGGAGGAUAAACAGCCAAACGAACGAGUUGUACAGAUUCAAAUGAGUGAUAAGCCAGCAUUGAAAGAAAGUCAACAAGAACAGUGAAAAUGCUCUCUUCACCCAGCUGAGUACCUCUAAUUCUUUUUUGAGAAUUUCACCCCUGGAGGGAUGUAUCAUGUGGGCUUCGUAAAUCCGUCAAGGAAGAAGAUUGGAGGUUCUAAAUUUUUUAUUACAACUUUAUAAUAUGUAUAGUGUGAGUUUAUAAU